AUGAGAGGGGGUCAGGAGAUUUCGGAUCCCAUGGAUCUUCCGUCGACAUCACAUGACUCAGCCGAUAUGUUCGAAUCGAGGAAACCACAGAGCAAGUAUAAGAAUUCUCAUUUCGCAAACUCCGUUCUCCAACAACUCGGUGGGCUCAAAAAUCGCGAUGUGCUCUGUGAUGUGACACUGAUUUGCGGCUGGAAACGAAUAAAUGCACAUCGAGUUGUGCUGUCUGCGUGCUCUCCAUACUUUUUGUCAAUGUUCACUUCUCAGAUGGCUGAGUGUUAUAUGAGAGAAAUUAACAUGGAAGAAAUUGAGCCACCGACUCUUGAAGCACUUAUCGAGUUUUGUUAUACUGGAGCCAUUGCAAUUGAUGACUCAAAUGUUCAGGAUAUUCUUCCGGCGGCAUGCCUCCUUCAGAUUCAUGAAGUUCAAACCGCAUGCUGUGAUUAUUUGAAAAAACAGUUAGAUCCAUCGAAUUGUCUUGGGAUUCGAGCAUUUGCGGAUACACAUUCCUGCAAAGAGCUCCUAAGUUCUGCAGAUGAAUUUGCACUGAAAAAUUUCUCGAGAGUGAUUGGAAAAGAGGAAUUUCAAAUGUUAACUGUGGAAAGCCUUACAACAAUCAUCAAAAGCGAUAAACUCAAUGCAGCUUCUGAAGAGCUAGUUUUUUCCGCAGUAAUACAAUGGGUCAGACAUGAUAUUUCAAAAAGAAAAACUCAUUUAUCCAUGCUGCUCUCCCAUGUCCGUCUGCCUCUAUGCACUCCGAAGUUCUUGGUGAGUGUGGUCAGUGAGGAGAUCCUUGUCAAAUCGGAUCCAGCGAGCCGAGAUUUAGUUGACGAGGCAAAAAACUACCUGCUUCUUCCCGUGGAGCGUCCGAAUAUGCAAGGUCCUCGAACGAAACCCAGAAAACCUCUACAAGGAUCAGAAGUUUUGUACGCUGUCGGAGGCUGGUGCAGUGGAGAUGCGAUCGCUUCGAUCGAGCGCCUGGAUCCAAUGAAAGGAGGAACCACGUGGAAGUGUGUGGCUCCGAUGGGAAAACGAAGAUGUGGAGUUGGAGUUGCUGUUCUGGAGAAUCUUUUGUACGCUGUGGGUGGUCACGAUGGACAAUCAUACUUGAAUAGUAUAGAAAGAUACGAUCCAAUGACCAAUCAAUGGAGUAGUGAUGUGGCACCAACUGCCACAUGUCGAACGAGUGUUGGAGUAGCUGCUUUCAACGGAUCUCUGUAUGCUGUAGGAGGUCAAGAUGGAGAAAGUUGUCUUGAUGUUGUCGAAAAGUAUGAUCCACGGAAAAACGAGUGGGCGAAAGUGGCCAGUAUGGGAACUAGAAGGCUAGGAGUUUCGGUUUCAGUUGUUAAUGGUUGCAUUUACGCAGUUGGUGGAUCAAAUGGACCCGCACCUCUGAAUACUGUAGAAAGGUAUGAUCCUCGAGUUGGAAAGUGGGAAGAAGUUCGACCGAUGCUAACCAAACGAAAGCAUCUUGGAACAGCGGUUUAUGAUGGAUACAUUUAUGCGGUUGGUGGAAGAGAUACCACUACAGAACUCAACACGGCGGAGAGAUACAGUGUCGAAAGAGACGAAUGGCAACCGGUUGUUGCCAUGAGUAAUCGGAGAAGUGGAGUCGGAGUGGCGGUUGUUGGAGAGAAGCUUUAUGCGGUUGGAGGAUUUGAUGGACAGACUUAUUUGAAAUCUGUGGAAAUUUUCGAUAAAGAUACGAAUCGAUGGAAGACGCACUCGCAGAUGUUCUACCGACGGCUGGGCGGUGGAGUUGGUGUCGUCAGGGUGGCAGAUGCUCCGGAAACAGAAUUACAUGCAGUGAAACGACGGGAUUUAUAAUUUAAAAUUUUGAUGUUAAAUAAUAAGUGUACAUAAAAAAGAAAGUUAUCUGAUUUUUAAUAAAUAUUUAAAAUUGA